AUGCACGAAGUCACAGUGGUAGGAGCGGGUCUUGUGGGCUGUCUGGCGGCUCUGGCAUUCGCAGAUCGCGGCCACAAGGUGGCGCUUUACGAUGCUCGUCCUGAUCUCCGGUCCGAGGCGGAGCUCAAAAACGCCUCGUUGCGAUCCAUUAACCUGGCUGUGUCUGCUCGAGGCAUCGAGGCACUCAGAUCUGUCGACACCAAGAUGGCCGAGCGAGUGCUGGCCGACAUUAUCCCCAUGUACGGUCGUAUGAUCCACGAUCUCCAGGGAGGACAACAUGCUCAGGCUUACGGCCUAUGGGGCGAGUGUAUCAACUCGAUUGACCGAGCCCAGCUCAACCGAACCAUGCUGGACGUGAUUGAAGAUAACGCCAACAUCACCUUCUUCCCCGAGCACAAACUAACCAACAUUUCGCUCAGCCGAAAGGACAAAAAGUACCAGCGACCGACAUCGACUUUUGAGACCAAGGAGGGCGAAGAGAGGGUCGUGGAAAGUGACUACAUUAUUGGAGCAGAUGGAGCCUUCAGCAAGACCAGAGAUCGACUCCAGCGAUACGUCCGAAUGAACUACGCCCAGCAGUACAUUGACUGUGUCUACCUGGAACUCAAGAUCCCCAAGGCCGACGGACCCGAUCCGUUUUCCAUCUCGCCCAACCACCUGCACAUUUGGCCCCGACACAAAUACAUGCUCAUUGCACUGGCCAACGGUGAUGGCUCGUUCACAUCUACGCUGUUUGCUCCCCCGGCGCUCAUGGAACAGGUGUGUGAAUCCCAAAACACCUUCAUUUCCUUCUUCAAGGAGCAGUUCCCAGACGCAUACGAGCUGAUGGGCGAGUCUCAGAUUCUGGAGUCGUACGAAAACAACCCCCGGUCCCCCCUGGUGUCCCUUAAGUGCUCUCCUUAUAAUCACAAGGGCGAGUGUCUGCUCGUAGGCGACGCAGCCCACUGCAUGGUUCCGUUCUACGGCCAGGGAAUGAACGCCGGAUUUGAAGACAUCCGGGUGCUCAUGGAGAUUUUGGAUGAAAAGAAAUGGAACGUCGAGGAGGCCUUUAACACCUACACCGAGCGACGACACAAGGAUCUUGUUGCUAUUGUCGAUCUCGCCAUGCGAAAUUAUGUGGAAAUGAGCCACUCAGUGGUCAGUCUGCCCUACCUGAUUCGAAAGAAGGUGGACGGAGUUCUUGGACGUGUCUUUUCGUCCGCUUGGGUCCCUCUUUACUCCAUGGUGUCGUUCCGAGCCGACAUUCCUUACUCCAAGGCUCUGAGUCGAAGCGCUCGACAAGACCGAAUCAUUGGUAACAUUGUCAAUUGGACCUCGUUUGCGGGUCUGGUUGGAAUGGGCGCCUUGUUCUACUACAAGGGUCGUCACCUUUUUGGCCGUCUCUUCGAGUAA